AUGUUGGAAAAUUUAACAGAUUAUGCUAAGCAAGCAGUGUUGGCUGCAAAAGCAGAAGCUAGAUUUGGGGGACAUAAAUACAUUAGUACAGAACAUAUAUUACUUGGAAUCCUUGGUGAUUCAAAUGGUUUGGCUGCAAAAAUUCUUAAUUCUUGUGGAAUUGAUGUUAAUGUUAGUAGAGAGCAUGUAAUGAAGUUGAUUGGUAUAGGUGGUGGAUGUGUUGGUUUGUCUUGUGAAGAUUUAAGGUUUACUUAUGAUGCUAAGAAUGUUCUUGAUUUCUCACUCAAACAUGCAAAGUCUCUAGGUCAUGAUUAUGUUGACACAAUGCACCUACUUUUGGGGUUACUUCAAGGGACUAAUGGUGUGGUAACUCAAUUGCUUGAAAGUCAAGGUACUAAUGUAAACAAAAUUAGAGAACAGGUAAUUAGACAAAUUGAAGAAAAUGUUCCUCAAAGUUCUAAGAAUAAAAUGGGAAGCCAGGUUGAAGGAAAUGUUCAUGAUGAUGUUGUUACUGCUGAAGGUUCUAAGAAUAAUCAGAUGAAAGUUCCUGUUGUGUCUCAAAACAAUAACUUAGGCGCGAAAAAAGAUGAAAAUGUGAUUAAACAAAAGUCUUCCCUUGAGACUUUUGGAACUAAUCUGACAAAAUUGGCACAAGAGGGUAAACUUCAUCCUUUUGUGGGAAGGGAAGAGCAAGUAGAGCGCGUGAUUCAGAUAAUUUGUAGACGGAUGAAAAACAAUCCGUGCCUUGUAGGAGAGCCAGGAGUAGGUAAAACUUCAAUCAUACAAGGUCUUGCUCAAAGAAUUUUGAGUGGAUAUGUUCCUGAAAAACUCAAGGGGAAAAAGGUGAUUACAUUAGAUGUGGCUGAUUUUUUAUAUGUAAUAUCAAAUCAAGGAUCUUCUGAAGAAAGAAUCAAGUGUUUAAUUAAGGAAAUUGAACAAACUGGUGAUGUGAUACUUUUUGUGAAAGAAGUUCAUCACUUAUUCGAUGCAGCAACAUCCGGUGCUCGCAGUUUCUCAUACAUUUUGAAACAUGCCCUUGAAAGAGGUGUAAUUCAAUGCAUAUUUGCUACAACAGUGAAUGAACACAGAUUGUACAUGGAGAGUGAUAUAACCUUAAAAAGAAUAUUUCAGCCAGUUAAAGUGGUUGAACCAUCUGUUGAAGAAACCAUAGAAAUUCUUAAAGGCCUUCGCGGAACAUAUGAGACGCAUUAUAAACUUCAAUACACAGAUGAAGCUCUUGUUGCAGCUGUAAAUUUGUCUCAACAAUAUUUAAGCGAUCGUUUCUUACCUGAUAAGGCAAUCGACUUGAUCGAUGAAGCUGGAUCGCAUGUUCAACUUUUUCAUUCAAAGAACAAAAAGAAAGGGAAUGCUUCAAUCCCUAGUGUGAAAAAGUGUGAUAUUCAACAUGUUAUUUCAUCUUGGAUUGGAGUACCAGUCAGUGAUGUAUCAAAGGAAGAAGGCGAAAACCUCCUCAACUUAGAAAACAUUCUUCACAAGCAAGUCAUCGGUCAAGACGAAGGAAUCAGUACAAUCUGCCGAGCUAUUCGUCGUGCUAGAGUCGGUCUAAGAAACAGUAGAAGGCCUAUUGCAAGCUUCAUGUUCACCGGUCCUUCGGGCGUAGGAAAAACCGAAUUAGCCAAUGCACUUGCGACAAACUAUUAUGGCUCAAAAGACUCAUUGAUAAGAUUAGAUAUGAGUGAGUACAUGGAUAGUUAUAAUGCAGCUAGAUUAAUUGGAGCACCUCCUGGCUAUCUCGGUUUCGACGAUGGCGGUCAAUUAACAGAAGCUGUUAGGAAAAAUUCUCAUGCAGUUGUUUUAUUCGACGAGAUUGAAAAAGCACAUUCAGAUGUUUUCAAUUUAAUGCUUCAAAUUCUUGAUGAUGGAAGACUCACAGAUGGAAAAGGUCAAACAGUUGACUUUAAAAGUACACUCAUCAUAAUGACUAGCAAUCUUGGUAACAACAUCAUUGAAGGAAUUGAUGAUAAAGAUAGUUCAUUUGAUCAUAAGAAAAUUUUAGUUAUGGAGGAAUUGAAGAAUCAUUUUAGACCUGAGUUUUUGAAUAGACUUGAUGAGAUAAUUGUUUUUAAACAACUAACAAGAUUAGAAGUUAAACAAAUUGCUAAUAUAAUGUUAAGAGAAGUGUGUCAAAAGUUGAAGGUUAAAGAUAUAAAUCUUUCUUUGACUAGUAGGUUUAGGGAUUAUGUGAUUCAACAUGGAUAUAACCCUAGCUAUGGUGCAAGACCAUUGAGAAGGACUAUUGCAAGAUUUUUGGAAGAUACAUUGGCUGAAAAGAUGUUAAGGAAAGAAAUAAAAGAAGGUGAUUCAAUUGUUGUUGAUAUUAAUGAUGAUGAGGGGAAUGUUAUUGUGUUGAAUAAGAAAAAUGUUAAAAAGGAAGAUCUUUGUACAAGUUUUGUUGAUUCAGAUGGUGGCAAUGAUUUGGCAGAUGAAAAGAGAAAAGAUAUGGUUGGAAUUUCAUGUAAUUUGAUGGGAAAAAUGUUGGACAUUCUUGGACAUAGGAAAAGUCCAUAA